UUCACUUCCGGCUUUCCCGCUGACGAGAAAAACAAGUCUCGUCUUCGUUGACUCAAAACAGUGUUUCGAAUUUUUUUUUAUUUUUUAUUUUUUUUAUUUUUUCAUUCGAUGGCGGCAUCUUCGUCACUAAAACGAAUAAGAUAUAUAUUUUAAAUCCAUUAUUACAAAAGAUGUCUACCAUGAAAGGCGAAGUUUCUAUUCAAAGACCUGUAAGAGAACCACCCAUGAAGAAUUCAAUAGGAAGCUCAUCAAUAGGUAAUGAUACCAAUUUAAGCUGUCCAGAUACGUCAACUCCUCCAGUACAAUUACAGUCAUCGCAAAUGAAAAAAUCUCCAAAAGAUUUUAUAUUUGGAAAACUUAUAGGAGAAGGAUCAUUUUCAACUGUAUAUCUUGGAAAAGAUGUGCAAUCAAAUAAGGAAUAUGCAAUUAAAGUUUGUGAAAAAAGACACAUUAUUCGUGAGAAAAAGCAAAAAGCAAUUAUGAGAGAAAAACAAAUAAUGAAUAUUCUCAAUAAUCAUCCAAGUCCUUUUUUCAUUAAAUUGUAUUGUACAUUUCAAGAUUCAGAUAGAUUAUAUUUUGUAAUGAGCUAUGCAAAACAUGGUGAAUUAUUACCGUAUAUUGUCAAAGUUGGAUCCUUUGAUGAGGAAUGUACAAGAUUCUAUGCAGCAGAAAUUCUUCUUGCCCUUGAACAUUUACAUAAAUUAGGUAUAAUUCACAGGGAUUUGAAACCAGAAAAUAUUUUAUUGAAUGAUAAGAUGCAUAUUCAAAUUACUGAUUUUGGAUCAGCAAAAAUUUUACAGCAUGAUGAAUCUGGUUCAGAACCUUCUCGAAAGAAUUCAUUUGUUGGAACUGCUCAGUAUGUUUCACCUGAAAUGCUGACUGAUAAAAAUGCUUCAUCAAGUUCAGAUUUAUGGGCUUUAGGCUGUAUAAUUUAUCAAAUGGUCUCAGGACUUCCACCUUUUCGAGCUCCAAAUGAAUAUUUGAUAUUUCAGAAGAUAACAACAUUAGAGUAUGAUUUUCCUGAUGGUUUUUUAUCUUUGGCAAAAGAUUUAGUAGAAAAAUUAUUGGUUCUCGAUCCACGACAACGACUGGGUGCAUCAGAUAGCAAUGGUUAUCCUUCUAUCAAAAAUCAUCCCUUUUUUAAGAAUGUUCCGUGGGAUGUACUACAUGAACAGAUUGCUCCUCCAAUAUUGCCCUAUCUUCCAGGAACAUCUAGUAAUGAAGAAUUACGCAGUCAAUAUCAAGUACCAGAUCAUCUGACUCCAGGUUUAGAUGAUAAACAAAUGACAAGAUUAUUAGGUUUGGCUUUACAAGAAGAUGAUGAUGAGCAGAAUAACAAACCUGCUAAACAACCAUCAAUUUUAGAUAUUUCUUCAGAGGAAUAUAACCAUCGUUUAGAAGUACAGAGUCAAGAGAAUAUUUGGCAUCGAUUUGUUGAAGGAAAUUUAAUAUUAAAGUUUGGAUUAGUAGACAAAAGAAAGGGACUCUUUGCAAGAAGACGAAUGCUACUAUUAACAACAGGUCCUCAUCUUUAUUAUGUAGACCCUACAAAUAUGGUAUUGAAAGGGCAAAUUCCUUGGUCUCCAGAAUUAAGGCCAGAACCAAAAAACUUCAAAACGUUUUUUGUUCAUACUCCAAACCGUACCUAUUAUUUAGAAGACCCAAAUGGAUUUGCCCUCAAGUGGUGUCAGGCUAUCGAUGAAGUCCGUAAAGCCACUUAUUCUCAACAAUCCUAACAUAGCAAUUAAGUUAUCUACUAUAUAUAUGUAUACAAAUAUACUGUAUAUGCAGGAAAAGUAAUGCGUGAAUGUCUGCAAUCUAUUAGUUCACCAUGCAGUUAUGGUGGAAAUGUAUAGUAAACUAACUGGAUAAAUAUGGAGUGAUUAAAAAAAGAAAAAAAAAAAAA